CUUAAUUAUUUCUUCAGUUUUUAAUCUCCAGCACCCAACCCUGCGUGUAAUAUUGUUAAGAAUUCUUACCGUCCAUAUUCUUGCGAGCAGGGAUGGAACAAGCCAUGAGCGUGGUUCUGAGUGCGACUGAGACUGCUCGGAAAUCAACCAAACAAAUUCUGUAAUAGCAGAAUAUCUUUGAAUGGACUGUCUCUAGCAAUAUCUUUGCUGUCUACUAACUUCUGUCUAGCAGGCAGUACCAUGGGGAUGUGACGCUAGCACCCGCAUUCCUCUAGUGGCCUGGUGUGGGUGCAGGAAAAAAGGGCUUCAGAUGAAGCUCAAAAUUCGUACACAAAAUCAAUUUGUUCGGUACCAAAGUUAGAAAGAAGUAUUGUACCAGCUAAAUCGUAACAUUUGGAGGGUAUGCAUGACGUUAAUAAACACCUUUUCUUAUUUUUCUGUAAAGUGUCAUAAUAAUUACUUGUGCACCGUAUCUAAACCACGUCAGGAACUUUAAAUUUGACAAAAUAAAUGUCUGUUUUAAGUCAUUCUCUCCUCAGGUCUAGCAGAGCUUGAAGAUGUCAUUUCUAACCUCCUAAACUACUGCUGCAAGUGUGAUGAAUGCUCUGGUCGCUCUCUGUCAUUUCUGUGAACUCCAUGGUCCUCGAACCCUCUUCUGCACAGAAGCUCUGCACUCCCCCACUCCCCUGGAGACCGGGGGAGGGGCCAGCGCACAGGGGACAGAGCCUGGCAGGGGAAGCUCUGCCCUCUCCUGCUCGCAAGGAGAGGAGGGGGAGGAGCCAGGAGAUGGAGGUAUCACCAUGAGAGCCAGAGACUCUGCCCUUGGACAGCAGGCCACGCCCACCACCACAGGAAGCCCCGCCCCUCAGAGGGCAGACAUGUGUGAGGGGUGCAGGUCUCUUCCCUGUGGUCACCCCGGCUUCAUCAGUCACGACAGCGAGACAUCCAUCAAGUACCUGAGUCACCAGCACCCCCCCCACCCCCAGCUCUUCAGCAUCGUGAGACAGGCGUGUGUGCGCAGUCUGAGCUGUGAGGUAUGUCCGGGCAGGGAGGGGCCGAUCUUCUUCGGGGACGAGCAGCACGGCUUCGUGUUCAGCCACACCUUCUUCAUCAAGGACAGCCGAGCCCGUGGGUUCCAGCGCUGGUACAGCCUGGUUCUGGUCACCAUGGACAGGAUUUACCUCAUCAACUCCUGGCCAUUCCUUCUAGAGCGAGUCAGAACCAUCAUAGAGGGGCUGCAGAGGAAAGCCCUGCGGGUGUUUGACAGUGAGCAGUGUGUGUGUCCUCAGCGCUCUCUCAGGAUCAACACUGUCUUCACUCCGGGGGUCUUUCCUCACCAGCGCAGCGGAAACGCGGCUCGCUCCCUGCCAUCCCUGACCCACGAGAGCGGCCUGUGGGGGGCACUUCACUCCUCCUUCUCCUGGCUGCUGAAGGCUUGUGGGUCUCGUCUUACUGAGAAGCUGCUGGAGGGAGCGCCGACUGAGGAUACCCUGGUGAUGAUGGAGAGGAGAGCGGAGCAAGAGGAGGAGCUGAUUGGCUGGGGGGGAGCAGAGGGGGAUGUGUCCUCCCAGCCUGGGGAGAGCCAAUCGGAGAGCCUUCUAGAGGCAGACCCCACCCCCCUGUCAGAGUGGAGUGAGAGAGUGAGGAGGGAGGAAAGAGGAGGAGGAAGGUUCACUUCACUGAGACACAUGAGACAGGUCCUUGGUGCCUCUGAGUUCCGCUCGCUUGCCUGGCACGUGCUGAUGGGAAACCAGGUGAUCUGGAGGGGGGCGGACCAUCAUCUCAUCCAAUCAGCAUUCAAUGUGCUCAAGACCCUGCUCCCUGUUGGCUGUGUGCGCUCCAUCCCGUACAGCCUGCAGUACGAGGAAGCGUAUCGAUGCAACUUCCUGGGGCUGCGCAGUGAUGCCAUCAUCCCCGCCCACAUCACCAGCUCAGAGUUCUCAGUACUGGUUGAUGUAAGGCCAGCGUCUCGCACCAGUUUCUACCCUGCACUGCUCUGCGAUGAGGAGCUGCUCUCAAAAUACCAGUUUGUGACGACGACUGGGAGCCCAGCGGCCACUGAUAAAGGCCCCACACUGCUCAAUAAGCUGGAGCUGGCUCUGUGCAAUGAGAAUCUCUCAGAACAGGUGGUGCAGGACUGUCUGCUGUGUCUGAAGGAGGAGUGGAUGAAUAAGGUGAAGGUUUUGUUUAAGUUCACGAAGGUUGACAGCCGCCCGAAGGAAGACACACACCGACUGCUCGGCAUUCUGGGAGCUGCAGACGAGGACAAUGUCAGACUUCUUAAGUUCUGGAUAACGGGACUCAGCAAGACUUAUAAGACACAUCUGAUGACUGCUGUGAGGAGCCCCCAGUGCUCCUAAGUAACAGAUAUCUCAUGACACACAGGGCUCCUCUCCCUCAUAGAUCUCAUAAGACUCAUCUCAUGACUUCAGUAGGGAGACUGUCUAUAUACUGUCUAUGUAGUUCUGAGAGGUCCAUGCGGGUACAUGUGAAGCCAUUUUGAGUCAGGGAAUGCAAUUUAAAAGUUUAAAAAAGUGGUUAAAAUGUAAAAAAAUAAAAAAAAUAAAUUAAAACAAUACACACACCUUACGUAAGCAGUUGUAGCAACACAUGGGAACACGUAACACAAUAAAAUAAAAAGGUACUUAUGUACCCUUUAAUGAGACGGCCACCUUGACUGUUGUGUUAAUCCCCUUUCAGAGAUAUCUCUUAAAGCAGGUUUCAGGAUUUUAUAAGAUUUGUCCCAUGAGUGCCGCAAAAGGCCCACAGAACUGCUAAACCCCUGAACAGAUAUAUGCCAGUCUGUCUGAGCCACCUAGCCCCCCAGAUUGAACCCAGACCUCCAGAGAAAAGAGAAAGGAAGGAAUGAGAGGCAAGUGAAGCAGCCAUUAGUAAGCAGUGGCUGAGACGCUGUGUGUCUCAGCCACUUACACCCCCCGGAUUAGGACCCAGGCCACCAGAAAAGUUAAUGAAUUGAAUGAUGUCACUAGCGCCACCUAGCUGAAUUUUAGGGAAGCUGAAUUGUGGCUUUCCCUGCUGUUAUAAAUACUAACCAUCACUGAUAUCAGUAAUAUAUUAUGAAGAAAGUGCAAUGCUGCUGUUAAUUAUAUUUUGUGCUUUAAACUAAAUGAUUGUACACGUAGCUCAUAACAAUCAGCUAACAGCUAUACUGUCAUAAAUAAAAUAAGAUUUUUGAAAAAAGGGUGUUGGAGUAUUGUUUUCAAUACAGCAGCUUGUCAGACUCGAGUCACAUUUUUCGUGACUCUGACUCGAGACACAGCCGCAAAAGACUCGGACUUGACUAGACCUUGUGUGACUCGGACUCAGACUCGAACAUACAUACAAUUGUAUGUAAAGAAUAAUGUGUAAAAAAAUAAUGUAAUUGUAUGUAAAAAAUAAUGUGAUAUCUUGUAACAAUUGUAAGUCGCCCUGGAUAAUAAUAAUAUAAAUAAUAAUAAUAAUAAUAAUAACUGUGCACAAUAAAAAAACACCCAACAAAACAUUAUCCAAUCACUGGUUAGCCCUGUUGUCUUUUCAGCCAAACUUAGUAAGAAUAAGAAAUUGGAAGCGAGUUAGGUUGUAGGUUGUAGACAAUGUCGACCCAGGGGACUUUUUUGACCUGAAAAAAGAAACAAAGACCAGGGGUCACAAAUGGAGAUUAGAUAAAGGGGCAUUCAGAACAGAAAAUAGGAGGCACUUUUUUACACAGAGAAUUGUGAGGGUCUGGAACCAACUCCCCAGUAAUGUUGUUGAAGCUGAAACACUGGGAUCCUUCAAGAAGCUGCUUGAUGAGAUUCUGGGAUCAAAGCUACUAACAACCAAACGAGCAAGAUGGGCUGAAUGGCCUCCUCUCAUUUGUAAGCUUUCUUAUGUUCUUAAAUAAUUGUUCAAAAAUAAAUAAAUAAAUAAAAAGGUUUUUUUCCAUGUCCAA